AUGUCUUCCGAAAACUCCAAGAAACUCAUGUUGCAGAGCUCCGAUGGCGAAGACAUCACUGUUGAUCGAGAUGUCGCCGAAAAGUCCGUCCUCAUCAAGAACAUGGUUGGCGAUCUCGGUGAAGAUGCCAUGGAAGAGGCGAUUCCCAUUCCCAACGUCAAUGCCGCUGUCCUGAAGAAGGUCAUUGAGUGGUGCACGCAUCACAAGAAUGAUCCUCCUGCAUCGAACGAAGACGACUCCGAUUCGCGCAAGAAGACUACAGACAUCGAGGAGUGGGAUCAGAAGUUCAUGCAAGUUGAUCAGGAAAUGUUGUUCGAGAUCAUCCUCGCAGCAAACUAUCUCGACAUCAAGGCUCUUCUGGACGUUGGCUGCAAGACUGUCGCGAACAUGAUCAAGGGCAAGUCGCCUGAAGAAAUCCGGAAGACCUUCAACAUUCAGAAUGACUUCACUCCUGAGGAGGAGGACCAGAUCCGCCGGGAGAACGAGUGGGCCGAAGAGUAA